CAGCAGCGCAGGCUGCUGUGUACACUCUGCGCAUGCGCAGCCAAAAUGGCGUCCUCCUGUGGCCCGUUGUGGAGGUCUGUCUGCGAGAAAUUUCGUAGUGCGCAACAUCAGUCCGAGGUCGAGUCCCGCAAAGACCCGGAGAACGAUCCUUUUAGGUCCAAGUAUAAUGCCCGAGAACUGCUGAGGGAGAUCCACUGCACGCUGAAGAGCCUCGGCGGUGUCGAAAACGACGAGGACGGCGAGGCUGAGCAGCUCCAGAGAGAGAUUGCAGGGGAUGAGGACCGGGGAGGGGGCGGCCACUCGGGCGAUUCAGCGGCCGGGAUGAGACUUGCCAGGCAGGGAGUGGUUGAGUACUACCUGGGGGUGAACCAUGUGGAGACCGAGGAGCUGUCAGCAGGAGAAGAGCAUCUGAUGAACUGCAUGAACCUACUGGACAAGUGCGCCAUAUCCAGGGAGAAUGUUUCGGUGUUUAUACAUGUCAGGAAUCAGUUGGGAAUAUUGUGGGCCGGCCGAGAUGAGAUCGAUAAGGCGCAGGGCUUUCUGGAGACCGCCGAGGCCAUUUACGUCCGAUAUGUGAAAGAGGACGGCCAGCCACCAGCGGACCUGACAGAUUUUUUUGUGGAAGGACAAUAUGAACUAACCCAGCAAGAAAGGAUGAAGAGAUUUGAAAUGGCAUACACCCACACUCUUUAUUACCUGGCACAAGUGUACAAGAAUCUGGAUGAGUAUGAGAAGGCAGCCCGGUACUGUCACAUCACCCUGCAGCGGCAGCUCCAGUUUGACCAGUUUGUUCCCCUAGAGUGGGCCAUCAAUGCCGCUACCCUCUCCCAGUACUACAUCACCAAGUGUUGUUACAUGGAGGGCCGGCACUGCCUUGCCGCGGCCAGCAUCGUCGCCAACCAAGCUGGAGAGCUCCCAUCGGAGGCAGCCGCUCAGGAAAGUGAAGUUGAGGGGGAGAAGAGGGAGCAACUCCAGCAGAAGAGGGCAGAGAUUGCCAGGUGCUGGAUCAAGUACUGCCUGAACCUCCUGCAAGAUGCGAAGAAGCUGUUGGAGGAUAACAUUGGCGAGCUGGACGUGGAGAGGCAGGCGGAACUGAAGAGGGGGCGGCGGCGCGAGGAGGAGCAGGAGGAGCGCGGGAGGAAGAGCGCCGUGCUCUUCAGCUCCAGUGACACCUUCGACUCCAUUUGUGCCCUGGAGGAGAAGGUGAGCUGCUCCUUCCCACUGGACUUUGAGGAGGCCCGUGCCAUCUUCCUUGUGGGCCAGGCUUACGUGGUCGAGGCCAAGGAAUACUUCCAGAUGGACGGUCACGUGACAGACCAUAUCGAGGUGCUGCAGGACCACAGCGCGCUCUUCAAGGCCCUGUCCUUCUUCGAGGAGGAUCUGGAGCGCAAGUGCAAGAUGCACAAGCGGCGGGUGGACAUGCUGGAGCCUGUCUGCAAGGACCUGAACGCCCAGUACUAUCUGCUGAUUUGCCGGCAGCUGCAGUUCGAGCUGGCUGACACUUACUACGAGAUGAUGGACCUCAAACUGGCUCUUGCCAACAAGCAGGAUGAGCUGGAUGCUCACACCAUCAAGAAGUUCAACCACCUCUGCAAUGCGUCCAUCAAAUACUACCAGAAGUUCCUGGACUCAGUGCGCUCGCCCGAGGGCAAGUUCCCAGAGAAGCUGGAUGAGGAGGUUCUCCGCCCUGGGCUGGUGGCCAAGUUUCGCUUGGCCCGGCUGCACAGCCGUCUCAUCUCGCCAGAUGCCUCCUCGCAGCUUCAGAACCUCAACCGCUCGCUGGAGUGCUACAGCUUUGUGGUCCGCUACUGCGAGGAGAAUCCCGAGUCCCGUAAGGCCGUGGAGACAGAGUUGGAGCUCAGCGAGGAGAUGGCUGGUCUCCUGCCUCUAAAGAUCAGCCGCCUGAGAGCCGAGAUGGCGUCCUCCACCUGAUGGGGUGGCCCCCAUUCGCUUCCUCCAGCUCCCCUAACUGCCUGUCCUUCUCGACCAAAAAGCUGAUUAUAAUUUCUUUCUUUAAUUAUUCUGACUGUUUGGUGAUUAUUAACUGAACUUUGACCCCUGAAGGGUCCUGAUCUAAAAGCAUUAAGUUGUAACCCUCUGUUACGUGUGCAUGAAGCAUAGCUCCUUGUUCAUUCCCCAUUUGUCGUCUCUCCUUAAUGCCAUGAAUUAACACCCAUAUCCGAGUGUAUAUCCUUACAGAAAUAAAUGCAGUAACCAAGCCA